AUGACUUCUCGACUAACGACCCUGACACAUGGACCAGAUUACAAAUAUUGUGGUCAUCCAAGACACACUCGUGAGACUUGUUUUAAAUUGCAUGGCUAUCCCGAUUGGUGGGCUACUCUUAAAGAUCGAGGACAACGCAAUAUGACCAAUAAUGGUACUGAUUAUGGAUUCCAUACUUUCGCUAAGAUUGAUUCCAGGAGUUGGAUAAUUGAUUCCGGUGCAACUGAUCAUAUGACGUUUGAUCCUGAUGAUUUUCUGAAUACUACACAACCUCGACGAACCUGUAUUGCAAAUGCCAAUGGUGUUACUUAUCCUGUGACAGGGACUGGCACUGAUAUUCACACUAAGGAGAUUCUUGGUCGUGGUACUAAGAGAGGGGGGCUAUAUUAUGUCGAUGACUUCAGUCCUGGCAUGGCUAACAGUGUGACGCAUCCCUUUGAUAGCAAACAAAAGCAAAUCUGGUUGUGGCACAGUCGAUUGGGACAUCCGUCUUUUAGUUAUAUGAAGCAUCUUAUACCAGAUUUAUUCUCAGGUUUCAAGGACUCCGACUUCACAUGUGAUACUUGUAUUUUGGCCAAGAGUCACCGUGUGCCCUACCCGUUGAGUACAAACAAGUGUACUACUCCAUUUACGUUAAUUCACUCUGAUGUCUGGGGACCUUCACCUAUCACUGCUCCUUCUGGUGUUCGAUGGUUUGUCACGUUCAUAGAUGAUUGUACACGGAUGACAUGGCUUUAUUUGCUGAAGAAUAAAAACGAAGUGUUUUCCCGGUUUCAGUCCUUCCACAAACAGAUGAAAACUCAGUUUAAUGCUCAAAUCCAGAUUCUUCGCUCCAACAAUGGUGGAGAAUUUGUCAAUCAUGACUUUCAGACUUACUUCCAAUAA